CAUGACAGCUGCCCAAAAUCAAAAAGUCAAAAUUUGCAUAGACGACCGACAUCUUUUCCUCGGUGCGACUUGAAGUGCAAGAAGCAGGCCCUCCUUUACAGCCAGCGAAAAAUUCCAGCCAAAUCGAACGAAAAUGCUGUCCAGAGCGGUGCUUUUGUCAGCUGCCAAGAAGCCAGCAGCACUUGUGCUGGCUCGCGGAGCUGCCAGCCAGCCUGAACGUCCGAAACGGCCAGAGCAUGGAGGAAAGGUUCGUCUCGGUUUUCUGCCGGAAGAAUGGUUCACCUUUUUCUACAACAAGACGGGCGUUACCGGUCCGUACGUGUUUGGUGCCGGUCUGUUGACGUACCUGUGCUCCAAGGAAAUCUACAUCAUGGAACACGAAUACUACAACGGUUUGUCAUUGGCCAUCAUGGUUGUGUUCGCCGUCAAGAAAUUCGGACCCUCUUUGGCCGCCUACCUGGACAAGGAAGUCGAUAAAAUCGAAAACGAGUGGAAGGAAAGCCGCGAGAACAACAUCCAGCAGCUGACUCAGGCCAUCGAGGACGAGAAGAAGGAACAGUGGCGCGCUGAGGGUCAGACAAUGUUGAUGCAGGCCAAGAAGGAGAACGUUGCGCUUCAGCUGGAAGCUGCCUAUCGCGAACGUGCCAUGAACGCGUACCUUGAGGUAAAGAAGCGUCUGGACUAUCAGGUUGAGCGCCAGAAUGUGGAUCGUCGCAUCUCGCAGAAGCAUAUGGUUGACUGGAUCGUAAACAAUGUGGUGAAAUCGAUCACCCCGGACCAGGAGAAGGAGAACCUGAACAAGUGCAUUGCUGAUCUCGGUGCACUGGCCGCCCGGUCGAAGUAGAUCAUGUUAUAGCGCCUCUGUUUUAGCGUGACCACCAACAAAUUUUUUUGGAACGUGCAAUGCCAAGACGUCGGCGGAACACGGGUCACGUUCAUUAGCAUCGUCGUGUAUCGAUGUAGCUACCAACAACACGUCUAAGUAAUAAACGAUAUCGAUACUUGUCACAA